GGUGGAUAAGUAUCCGACAACUUGGUGAACGUUCAAAAUGUCCGUUGUUUCGCUGCAGCUAGGACAAUGUGGCAAUCAGAUAGGCGGAGAACUAUUUAACACGUUAAUAGAUGAUGCAUCAAAACUAAAUCCCCAGUUUAUUUCGAAAAAUGUCGAUCAUAAAGUCAACCACGAAUACGAGGAAGAAGUACUGGAAAGAUUCUUUUCACGAGACAGAACAGGAGCAGCCAAUGCACGGGCUGUUAUGAUCGAUAUGGAAUCGAAAGCGAUAUCUCAAACCCUUCUAGAGGCUAAGAACUCGGGAAAGUGGACAUAUCCUUUGGGACAGCAAUUUUGUCAAAAACGUGGAUCUGGGAACAACUGGGCCCAUGGAUUCCUGGAGCAUGGACCAAAGUCCUCAGACACUGUGCUUGAAAUGGUGCAGAAAGAGGUGGAAAAGUGCGACAGAUUCGGUGGAUUUUUUAUUUUUCUUAGCUUGGCCGGUGGAACAGGCUCAGGUGUAGGGGCAUAUGUUACAGGUUGUCUUCGUGAAGAGUUUCCCCAUUCGUUCAUAUUGAAUCAAGUUGUUUGGCCUUAUGGUACGGGUGAGGUGAUUGUUCAAAACUACAAUGCUAUCUUAACUUUAUCUCACUUGUAUAAGUGCUCGGAUGGAAUAAUUAUCCUGGAAAAUGAUAAAUUACAAAGUAUAUGCUCCAGGUUGAUGAAUUUAAAACAUAUAUCUUUCAAGGAUAUCAACAGAGUGAUUUCUCAUAAACUUGCCAGUGUCCUUCAGCCAGUAAAACUGUUUUCUCCCAACCAAGAACCUGUUUUUUACAAAAGAGCUGUCUCAGUCAGAAAUCUACUUGGUGAUCUGAUUGAGCAAGUUUGUCCACAUCCAGAAUAUAAGUUGAUGACUUUGAAGAACAUUCCACAAAUGGCUGAAAACUCUUUAGCUUACAGCACUUACACGUGGCCUGGACUCCUAAAGCACCUACGACAGAUGCUGAUAGCUGAUGCUAGCAUGGAAGAAGGCAUUGACUGGGAAGUCAAGUUGCCUGUGCCGUCAAACCCAGACGGUGCAGAUUUUCACCAAAGACCUGGACAACUGCCAAGAUUGAGGAAUAGAUUGAACAAAUCUAUUGCCAACCUUUUGGUUUUGCGAGGAGUGGAUGUUCACAAGGCAGAUCUGUCUUCUUUUAAUGAUACAAGGCUUCAUGCAAGCUGGGUACCACAGACUUGGGCCAAUACAGUGUGGUGCCACCAUAGGCCUUUCAACCAUUAUGAAAAAUCUGCGACAUUACUUACAAACAGUCAAACUCCUGUAGUACCCUUAAACUCUGUUGUCCAGAAAGCCUGGAACAUGUUUACUUCUCGAGCUUAUGUUCAUCAGUAUUUAAAGUAUGGAAUGACUGAAGAUCAUUUUGUGGACAGUUUUGCUGCUACUGAGCAAAUCAUCAGAAAUUAUUCUUCUCUGUAGGCCCAAGAUUUUGUCUAACAUCCAUUUUGAUGUUCAAUUUUGGUCACAAAAACUCCUUUUGACAUUGGUGUUUUUUUUUAUUAUUUUCAUUUCUUUAAAUUUUGAUUUUUUUUUUGCUUUUUUUUUCUUGAUUUUGUGGUCUGGUGAAAAUUGAUAAAAAUAUCUUUGA